GAGAGAGAGAGAGAGAGAGAGAGAGAGAGAGAGAGAGAGAGAGAGAGAGAGAGAGAGAGAGAGAGAGAGAGAGAGAGAGAGAGAGAGAGAGAGAGAGAGAGAGGGGGGGGAGAGAGAGAGAGAGAGAGAGAGAGAGAGAGAGAGAGAGAGAGAGAGAGAGAGAGAGAGAGAGAGAGAGAGAGAGAGAGAGAGAGAGAGAGAGAGACCAGAGAAUCGAGAGAGAGCAGAGAAGAGCGCGUCUCUAUCGCAGUAUCAACAGGGUGAACGGUCCGGUGGAAUCUAUGUGGUUCAGCCCAGGGCAUACGGCCUUGUCGGGACAUAGCCUAUACGCCUAAUAACGUGGCGUCGUUUUCGCUUCCCAAAUAGACACGAGUCCUUUAUCCAACAAGAGAAACAAUACAACCUGCAGCAUUCGAGCAUUCGGUACGCUGCUCCGUUCAAAACAACACGACUCUACCUCUCAGUUGAGAUCGCGCUAGAAGCAUGAGGAGUCGGGCGCUCAGCGUUACCGCGAGAACGGACCGGGAGGAGAGGAAACAGAUUGGCGGCGGAACAGCGCCGCGACAGAGUGAUGCUCUCUGAGCCCAUUUACCGCAUCUAAUAGCUGCCUGUGUGAUGAUCAUGUAGCCGACGUUCGUGUCUUAUUUGAUAUAGCCUACGGACUCCUACCGUUGCGGCGGAGAAUUGCGAUCGCCCCCUUCCACCACACCCCCACCAACACCCCCCUCCCCCAGUCCGCUCUAGGAAAUGCAAUAGCAAUAUAGGUUAAGAAAGAAUGAGAUCCAUGAGCAGUUUGAUGUAAAGCUGUGCCGCUAUGUGGGCCUGUGCACGUUCCGCCUCUCUUGUCUCUCAUGUCCCCUGACGGAGCGCGGCAGCAGGGUGGCGGUGCUGUAGCAUCGGGCUGAGGGCGAGGGCUUCCCGACCUCUACCGAUGCUGGGAGGAAACAGCGGCCGUUCAACCGGGAAAGGUAUCACCUUCAAGGUGGUUGGCGAGUGCGCGGUUGCGUGUGUUAUUAGCAGGGGCGGGGAGGGGGAUCUGACCAGGAGGGCAGGGGUCGCCUUAAGGUAUGGGGUGCGCCCCUAGUAUCCACGUCUCUCAGAGCGGGGUCAUCUACUGCCGAGACUCGGACGAAUCCAACUCGCCGCAUCAGACCACCACGAUCUCCCAGGGCACCGCGGCCACGCUGCACGGGUUAUUCAUCAAGACCGACGCGGCGGACAGCAUCAACCCCGUCAUCACCUACCAGAGUCGGCACUCGAGGAAUAACUCGCACCGGGAUCGCGGGAACGAGCGCAGCGGCGGCGGACACGUCCGCAUCGAGGCCGAGACGCAGACCAGCCGCUCCAGCGUCAAGGUUUCCUCUACAGAACAAUGUGUGGGGCCCAUGAGACUUAUCCAAGGGCCGAUCCAGGUGCUGCUAGUGUUUGCCAAGGAGGACAGUCAGAGCGAUGCCUUCUGGUGGGCCUGCGACCGGGCCGGUUUCAGCUGCACCAUCGCCCGGACCCCCGAGGCGGCGCUGGAGAGCUUCCUGGCCCAGCACCACGAGGUGGUGGUGGUGGACGGGCGCCACGCGCGCUACUUCCAGGCGGAGGUGGUCUGCCAGUUAAUCCGUGCCACUAAGCCUUCAGAAAACACGGUCAUAGUAGCUGUGGUGCCCCAGAAUCCCCCAGACCAGGAGGAACCCUCUGUCUUACCGCUCCUCUGUGCAGGGUUCAGCAGACGCUUCGUGGAGAGCAGCAGCGUGGCAAGGUGCUACAACGAGCUGCUCCAGAUGCAGCACGGCGAGGUGCGCUGCCACUUCAAACUCAGGGCCUGUAACUCGGCGUUCACAGCGCUUGAGCAGUGUGGCGAGGCGGUGGAGAUCAGCAGCGAGGACCACAUCAUACAGUAUGUGAACCCGGCGUUGGAGCGCCUGAUGGGCUACCAGCAGGGGGAGCUGGUGGGGAAAGAGCUGCCCAAGAGCGACAAGAACCGGGCGGAACUCUUGGACACCAUCAACAACUGCAUCAACAAAGGGAAGGAAUGGCAGGGCGUCUACUACGCACAGAGGAAGACCGGAGACAGUAUGAAGCAACACGUGAAGAUCACACCGGUCACCGGCCAAGGAGGGAAGAUAAGACAUUUUGUAGCUAUCAAGAAGGCCUAUGGUGACAACAACAAGCAGGCCUGCACGUCUCAGCGGGACGAGCGGGGCUGUGAAGGCCCUCUUCAGAUAGAGUGCCAGUGUCAGCGUCACCGGGACAGGAGGAAAGACUCGGUGGACAGCCGGUCACUGAGCUCCCGGGGCAGCGACGCCCCCACCUUACACAACCGGAGGUACUCCUCCGUCGCAAGGAUCCACUCCAUGACCAUCGAGGCUCCUAUCACCAAGGUGAUCAACAUCAUCAACGCAGCCCAGGAGAGCAGCCCCGUGGUGGUGGCCGAGGCCCUGGACCGUGUCCUGGAGAUCCUCAGGACCACAGAGCUCUACUCGCCCCAGCUGGGCUCCAAGGAGGACGACCCCCACACCAACGACCUGGUGGGGGGGCUCAUGAGUGAUGGACUGAGGAGACUCUCUGGAAAUGAAUACGUAUUUUCCAAAAGUAAGAGAAACAUGAGCCAGGGACAGCUGUCCAUCCCGAUGACACUGAACGACGUCCCCCAGUCCAUCGCCGACCUGCUGGCAGACGAGGAGCGCUGGGAGUUCAACAUCCUGGGGCUGGAGGCCGCCACGCACAAGAGACCCCUGACCUACCUGGGUCUGAAGGUCUUCACAGGGAUGGGCGUGUGUGAGUUCCUCAACUGCUCAGAGGCCACCCUGCGCUCCUGGCUGCAGGUGAUGGAGGCCAGCUACCACGCCUCCAACUCCUACCACAACUCCACGCACGCAGCCGACGUGCUGCACGCCACCGCCUACUUCCUGCGCAAAGAGAGGGUCAAGGGCAUUCUGGACCAGCUGGACGUGGUGGCGGCGCUGGUCGCGGCCACGGUGCACGAUGUGGACCACCCGGGCCGGACCAACUCCUUCCUGUGCAACGCGGGCAGUGAGCUGGCCAUCCUGUACAACGACACGGCGGUGCUGGAGAGCCACCACGCCGCGCUGGCCUUCCAGCUCACCGUCAGGGACAGCAAGAGCAACAUCUUCCAGAACAUCGACAGGACCCAGUUCCGGACACUGCGGCAGGCCAUCAUAGACAUGGUCCUGGCCACCGAGAUGACUCGACACUUUGAGCACGUCAACAAGUUUGUCAACAGCAUCAACAAGCCCAUGGCUGCCAUCGAGGAGUCCAACUCAAAUAGCGAGAACAGUGACGGCGAGGGCCAGGAGAACAUCAGGAGUUCUCCUGAGAACCGUCUGCUGAUCAAGAGGAUGAUGAUCAAGUGUGCCGACGUGGCCAAUCCCUGCAGGCCGCUGGAGCUCUGCAUCGAGUGGGCGGGACGCAUCUCAGAGGAGUACUUCGCUCAGACGGACGAGGAGAAGCUGCAGGGUCUGCCCGUGGUAAUGCCCGUGUUCGACAGGAACACCUGCAGCGUGCCCAAGUCCCAGAUCUCCUUCAUCGACUACUUCAUCACCGACAUGUUUGACGCCUGGGACGCCUUUGCCAGCCUCCCCGGACUGAUGGAGAACCUAUCUGAAAACUACAAAUACUGGAAAGGCCUGGAUGAGAUGAAGUGUAAGAGUCUACGGCCUCCACCGUCUCCCUGACGCCCACCAUCACCACCGCCACCACCACCAGCUCCUCUCCUCCCUCCUCCUACGUCACCAUGGGACAUGUAUCUAUGUCUAUACCGACCAACACUGCCACGCAGCGACAGCAAAGGCCCUAGUCCAAAACAAACUGGUUCUUGAACCCUAUUCUAGUGAUGGACUGAAGCUCUGGGGGACAAUAUAGAGGACUAGGGGCCUGCACCUCUGGGGAACAUGACGGGAUUUAAGACUCCUCUUCCUUAUCCAGUUUUUAUGGUCUGAUUGAGCAUCUGAACAACAGAAGAUAAUACCAAUUUUAGCUCUUGACUGGCAUUUCCCGCUCCGCCCCCCUUUCCGAACUGUCUCUGUGUUGGUAGAACAUAGGACUUGUUUUGGACCGCAGGGCCCACCUGACAAUCUUCACCAGGCCAGAGCCAAUGGACCACGCUAGAACAAACAACUGCACUUUAGAUGAAUGCUGUUGAGCUUUCCUGGUUUUGGUUUAAUUUAUUAAUAUAAUUAUAAUCAUUAUUUCAAGUGUUUUGAAAAAAAGUCUUAGUCUGUAUAUGUUGUUGUGGGACGACUAGGUACUUUACAGCAUCUUGAUCCAGUCUGUACCAUUUCUUGUUUCAUUUUGUAUUAUUUUACUGUAACGCUAACAAGAGCACUGUUAAACCUACACUGUACGUUUUCAGAUUGACUGCCUAUAGUGGUUUGCGUUGCAGCUGCAGCUGCAGUUAAAGCAAAAUCGGUUUUUGCUUGCCGUCAUUUUUUGAGUUAGUACGGCUAGAAUAAAACAAUUAAGAGCAGAUAAUAAUCCCUGGAUGGAUCGACUGGUAGAUGGUUGCAUUUAAUUCUUGAGAAACAUCCUAGUUCAGCGUAGAUGGCUGCAAUAGAAAAGUGACAGUGCAGCUUUGAGUUAUUUUUAACUCUUGUGCACUGCCAAAAUCUGUUGUGUUUCAUGGGUGCUGUGUUAAGUGAACAAAGCGGUGAGAUCCUUUCUGUUAUACAGUGUUACAGUAACUCAAUGGCAGUGGCAGGCUGUUUAAUCCUGACCAACCAAACACUACUUUCAGGUGUAAUUUAUUCUCUCCUUAAUUUAGCAGCCACACUAAGGUCCAACCAUAUUGCAAUCAAAAUGUUACAGUAGUAUUUAUACACACAAGUUAUUAUGUGCGCCCUCUGGUGGAUAUAGAGGACAACUGCAGGGACACAGCUGUGUGAUAGCAAAACAGUGGAAACUAACCCCAACCUCCCAAAUCUUUUUUUUUUCAAAUGUUUUAAAAUACUACAGAUGGUUUAAAUAUCUCUAACUCUAUUUUUUUCUCUUUCUGGGGAUAUUAGAAGCAAAGGAAGACUUGUUGUCUGCUUGUUCUCAUCAUUAUUAAUGUUUUGACCCUUGAUAGAUGGCUUCACCACAGCCAUCUCAGCAUACAUUGUGUUAGCGUGUUUUAGGCCUGUAUAUGUAUAUAUUUAUAAUGUGGAAUGGCCUUAAGUGUUUCUCUGUGCAGAUUUCCUUAUUGUCGCAGUACUCCUGAAUACUAGUGUUACUUUAGUUAUGGAGAGGGCUCCGAUACUCAUUCAAUGUCAGUGUUUUCUUUCAGGAUGUGUAUAUAUAAUGUCAAAAUGUGUCCCAUGUACAUUUUGGUUCAACCCGACGGGAAACGGAUCAACCGUCCACAUCAGUCUGAUCAUGUCAAAGGAUGUUUUGUUGUGGACACAAUAUGCUUUCUUUUUUCUUUUUUUUACCCCCUCCAGCGACUCACACACCAACUGUAUGGAACCAUUUUGUAAUAAUAAAAAGAAAAAGAUUGA